GUGCAUUUAUCGGAAUUCAUGGCUCGUUUCUCCACAAAUUUGUUCAGUACAUUUUCAGUAGCUUGAGUGGUGUAUGCUGCGUGAUGCGCCAGCGCAGUCCUCUGCGCCCGAAAAGGUCUCUCAGGUUUCACUCGUGCACGCAUCGGAUAGCGUUUACACCUUGCCUGCUUCAGCAAACUCCACAACAUCCAUAUUUCCGUCUUCAAAUCGGAUGACAAAGCAGCCGAUCCGCGUCAUUGCGCAACCACCACCUCGUUUUUCUUCUCCAUCGCAACACUAUCCAGCAUCGUCUGCAACUUCCACUGCACCUACCCCAUCAGUGAACACCACCCAUUGCACCAUUUCCACCCAGCCGAAGUCCUCCUAUGCCGUCCCAACGGUUGGAGUUCUACCAGUGGUGAAUAGAAGUUAUAGCGAGAUGGUUGAAUUCGCGGAAAGGCAGCGAAAGCAGAUCGAAGCAAAUCGUCGAGAAGUGGACCGGCGACAAGCUAUGCUAGCCCACUGCGGUACUGAUGCUAUUUAUAAGAUCAAGAUGAUACGUAGAGACUUGGCAGAAGAGGAAUUGGAGCUAAGGAGGCUUUCCGAGCUAGAGUACGAAAGUCAAAGUUUGGCAAAGCGGAAUAGUGAAAAGGAGUCGGAACUGAGCCAUCUUAGUGCAGAGUUACGUGAACAACAGAACGUACUACGCAUUGCAGCCGGAAGAGUGGAGAUGCUGCGGCGACAGAUCGAGGAACUGUACAGGAGACGACAAGCCGCAGCUGCGGCAGCACUCUCUGAGCACAGAAAAAUGCAACAACUGGCUCAUCGCGUCCAGGAGACAAAUCGUAUCGCUUCUAUCGCUGAGCGACCGAGAGCUUCGGUUGAACCGUUCCAAGUAAAUGCUUCAGUGAGAAAUGUUGCUGAAGCCGAGAAAGACGCAAAGGACGAGAAAUGCACUGUGAUCGACGUCUCAUUGGACAGCGACGAGUCAUCGAAACCUAUGUCAUCUCCGCCAGAUGAACCAGCAGACGUGGCUCCAAUUCCACCCAAACGUCCUCCUUCACCAGAACCGAGUAACUCAAGCUUGAGCAACCGCUGUGAUAUCAGUCCGUCACCGCCUAAAGAUCCACACCCCACUCUGGAAGAGGUCACUGUGCCUAAAAUGGACGUUAUAGAGAAGUCUUUGAGAAUGAGGGACUUGAUAUCGCUUCCAUCUUUCGCUGAUAGUCUAGAUGAAUCGAAACUUCGGAGUGGCAAAACCGAUUUAGUGUCCAUCAGAACCGAUUCCCUGAAAGCGGCUAAGCGAAGGUCGUGGGCUGCUUCGGAAGGAACGACAUCAUCAGAGGCUGAUACGAUUCGUCGUAUCCUCGAGGAGCAACGGAGGGGAAGGAAUCAUUUUAUUCCAGAGUUACCCACAUCGCACGAGGAACCAAAGGCAGAAACUGCAGACAAUGAGAAGGAAACUUCUUCUGAAUCAGAAAGAACGGUUGCGACUGAUGACGAAUCUGUGGCAAAGAGUGAUGAAGAGCCAAUAGAAAUGGAAGUGGAUCGACGAACUGUGAAGGGAAUCUUACGUCCAUUGGGAUUGAAAAAGGAACGACGAAGAAUAGAAUUUGAUCCGCUCGCUUUGAUGCUGGAUGCAGCCUUGGAAGGAGAGCUGGACUUAGUGAAGUCUAGUGCUGCGAAGCUUCCGGACGUUUCCGUUGCCAAUGACGAAGGAAUCACGGCACUUCACAAUGCGAUCUGUGCUGGACAUUACGAAAUUGUCAAGUUCCUCAUCGAAGCGGAUGCAGACGUGAAUGCUCAAGAUUCUGACGGCUGGACUCCUCUCCAUUGUGCCGCUAGUUGUAACAAUCUGCCAAUGGUACGGCAACUAGUAGAAGGAGGUGCAUGUGUGCUGGCUUCUACUUUGUCGGAUAUGGAGACCCCUGUCGAAAAGUGCGAAGAGGAUGAGGAAGGCUACGAUGGUUGUUUGCGGUAUUUGACUUCUGCUCAUAAUGCGACUGGCACCUUGAAUAAUGGAGUGGUCUACGCUGCAUAUGACUACGAUGCACAGUUUGCCGAUGAACUGUCUUUCAAAGCAGGAGACGAGUUGAGAGUGAUCAGCAAAGAUGACAAGGAGAAGAACUGGUGGACAUGUGAACGCAUUGGACAUAACGAAGUCGGACUUGUACCACGUACCUAUGUUGCGCUUUAUCCAGCAUUGCGGUUUAGGAAGAGAAAGAACUUCGUCAUGUUUGAUUUGCCGAUGGAUCUCUUUCCGGAUCCAUGUCCCCUCAGUCUCCUGAUUGAUUACAGAUUUUUUAUUGCUGGCUCGAAGCUUAUUAACAUAAUCUCAUCUGCUAUGCGCUGCUCUUCAUUGGGAUAG